GGGUUUAGGGAGUUCUCACACAAACGUAUUGACGUCUAUCCGGCAGUAUUGAACCGAACUGAACACGUGUUGGGAGUAAAGGUGGACACAAAGUGCGAGAUGAAAGAGUCCUACCCGGAUGGAACAUAUAAAUCGUUUGUCGUGUUGAUGGCUAAAUUACUCACAAAGGCCACCAUUUUUAACAUUAGUCAAUUUAAAAGUCCAGGUGUGAUAUAUUGUGGUCAGGAAGAGGAAGAGGCGGCCAUUGAUAUCAUAUCCACAAAGUAUGAGAGAUAUGGCAAUGGAGUCGAAGCACCGGAAAAGUUGGAAAUCAUUAAAGAGAAAUGCAAUGAGAUUGGCCAUGCUAAUAGCACGGGUAAACUGUGA